AUGCCCGCCGAUAUCCCGGGCUACUACUACGACGAGGCCAGGAACAAGUACUUCAAGAUCGAAAAGGCACACACGGCGCCCGCCUCGGCCGCCUGGUCCGCCGACGCCGUCAAGAAGCGCAAGGCCGACGACGCCGCUCGCCAGGGCGUCCGCCGCCGCGCCCACCUCAUCCGCCGCCACAUCAAGCGACACGCUCUGCGCCGAGAUGUCGUCGCCGACGGCCUGCUCUCUCGCCAGACUAAUUCCGAGCCUGACUGGGCCAGGAUCGACGACGGGGACCUGGCCGCUGCGGCCUGGGCCGGCGCCGUUGUCAGCAAGGGCUGCGUCCCCUUCGUCCCGAGCUUUGCGAGGCCCAGCUUUGCCAACAUGCCCUGCUUCUACGUCGGCGGCGACGACGACAAGACCGGCCUGGGCGUGGCGUAUGCGACCCUCGACGAGGAGACUCUGGUGGGCAGCUACAUCCCCUUGGAUGACAACCACAGCAUUGCCUUUGACCGCGAGAGGCCGGGCACUUUGGAACGAGGCCCGUCCUUCCGCACCGAGAUGAUCCGCUGUCCGCAGAUGUCGUCCAUCAAGUACCACAAACCCUCUCACAAGAUCCUUCUGACGUCGCGCGAGCCCGACCACAGCUGUGGCCUGUACUUUUUCUCACCCCCCUUGUCGCCGGCCGACGAUGCUCGGCCUCAUUGGCUCCUCGGCGAGACAAAUCACUAUCAACGCCUUUCCAUCCGCCAUCGUCUGCGGGACGAGUGGCUUGUUCACCAGAGCACACCGGCCCCUCCAAAUUCAGACCUCCUCUGCGUCAUUGGCACCAACGCCGGCAUCCUCCGCGUCCGAUCCAACGAAACCAUGGCCUGGAUCGCCCCUCAGAGCGCUCCCAAGGGCCAGCAUCUCCCGCAAGAGAUAUUCGACCAAGACUUUCAGCAUUCCAACCACAACGUCCUCCUCGCUGGCGGGCGUAAGCCUCGGCUCUGGAUCACAGACUUGCGGACGUCCGAGUCGGAGUGGACCUAUGUCCGGCACGCCAGCUCCAUUGCCCACGUUCGCAGCCUGAAUCCCCACCAGAUCAUCGUCGCCGGCUUGGAGAACACCAUGGCCCUCUACGACAUGCGCUUCUUCGCCCAGCAGCCCAACGGCGUCAGGCCCCUGCUCUCCUUUCCUUCCUACCGCAACGAAGCAUACUUUCAAGCCGGGUGGGACGUGAGCCCCGACCUCGGCGUCGUGGCCGCCGCACACGACGACGGCACCGUCAAGCUCUUCUCCUUGACCUCGGGCAGGCUUCUGCGCAGCAGGGCUCUAGACGGUAUCCGCACCGAGACGCCGGUCAAGGCCUUGAUGUUUCAGCAGAUGCCCAGGGAAAAGGUGCCCAGCCUGUUCGUGGGAGAGGGACCGUCGCUCAAAAAGUACUCUUUUGGAGCGCCCGACCUGUAUGACGAGGCUUGA